UUUUUUUUUUUUUUUGGAACCUCAAUUCCUGGAAGUGGUUCGGUGUUGCACCUGAAAUGAAGAUUUUCCAUGCAAGUUUAUCCAAUUUGAUUUGAACUAAGCCUUUGCUUUUGCAGUGUAAGUGUUUUAACUGUAAAAGCCUUUGAAAUGAUCAUAAACUGAUGUCUUAAGUUCUUAAAGCUUAUUGUUUCCUGUGAUGUGCUGGUCGUUUAGGGCCGGUAUGGUCUUAAGGCGCAGAACACCGUAGGGAGACAUCGUAAAACAUAGACUUAAAACCACGGACACAGAGUUGUCUAGCGGUGCUGGUUCUCGUCUUGACCUGAGAGGCUCCGAAGGUUAUGUUGCCUCUCACGCCGGCCAUGAAGUAGGUGGGCCGCGAAUGUAGGUGCUGUGACGACGUCUGGCCAGUGGAACCCUCCCUCUCUCUGCCUGUUCCUGCUCUGCUCUGCUCUUCUCCACCUCUCUCUGCCUGCUCCUGCUCUGCUGUGCUCUGCUCUUCUCCACCUCUCUCUGCCUGCUUGGCCUCUUCCCCACGUUGAGCUCCUGGUCUGGUGUGAGAGGACAGAAGACUAGCUCCCAGCGUAGACGACAUGGCCCCGACCAGGAGCUUGAACGCAGACCCGAGCACUCUGCUCUUCUUCCUUGUUGCUCUGGCGCUCUGCGGGGCGUUCGUACGGACAGAAACGGUCGGUGGGUCUUCUCCAACACUGCAGAGCGAGAACCAUGACUCGCAGUCCGGUGCAGGAGGCUUUGACGUCACGACCAAAGACCCUUUUCCCGAGCAGACACACAACACCUUCACCAUCGACUAUGAGGACAGCACAGAGUCUUUCGACGAGGACGGUGUCCUGGGCCCUGGGGCCAUCACAGCCAUAGUCAUCGCCGUUUUCCUCGGAGCGUCUGUCCUCCUCGCCCUCAUCGUCAUCACACUCCGAAAAUUCACCAGCUCCUAGAGUGAGGGGACUGCUCUCCCCUGCCUCUCUGUGUCCCGUUCUGCCGUGGAUUCUCCAGCUCUACUGUCUCUUCUCUGUGACAGUCUGAUCAAAUCCCCUGUCUUGUAGGAUGCAGGUCCCCAGUGGUUGGGAUUUUGGGAACGUUGGUGUUGACACACAUUUUUAUUCACGGAUUUCUCCGAAAAUCUGAGAUCAAUAGUGUUAUACAGGUCAUGAAGAAGCCUCUUUAUACCAAGUGGUAAGUCUAAGUAAUGGACUGAUUCUGUCAGGAUAUCCAGUGCAGACUCACAGGUUUACAGAAUUUCAUGAUCCAAGUAGACAAUAUUUUAUUUUACUUUGUUCGCUUGAACUUUAUGGCAGUGUCCAUUUGAUGUUAUCGGAUGUCAUUGUCUGAUCAUGAUUCCUUUGUACUAUGGUGUGCUCGGAUAUAGUUAUAAAUGUUAGAUGUGAUACUCAAACUCAUUUGCAUACUAUAUUUUGUGACUUUUUACUUCCACACCAUAAAUGUUAUCGGAUAAAAUAAGUUUACAUGUUGCAGACGCCUGCUUUUGCCUAAGACUGUAAAUAAUCUGCUUCCAAAACCGGCAUCAAAGACGCUCAGACAAGACACCUGAUCCUUCAAAGCUGUUGUAUAAAGUUGAGGCAAACAAAAUAUUACCGUAAACAUUUUGUAUUUGACUAACACUGUGCUAUAUAAACAGAAUUAUUUGAAUACAAAUUAGGGCAGGGGUGGGUGUGCGCACACUUCACUUGUAAGGGCCAGAAGUUAUUGCAUAUAUACAGUAGUUUAUAAUAGUCUCGUAUAGACGAGAUGUUUCCUAAAAGAAUCUAAACAUUAAUUUAAAAACAUAUUUUCAGUCUUUUAUGGUUGCAUUUCUCUUGGACAUCGUUUUUAAUGAUGCAGAUAUGGUGUAUAGUAAUGUAAUGCUUGUUAAGGUUAGGUUAGUACAGAUACUAGAAAGGUUUUGACUCCAUUAACGUGUCCCUUGGUAUAAGUUUGUGUGCGCGUGUGCAUGUCCACGGUUCAACAUGGACACGCUGUCUCGACUCAGAUGUGUUGAAUACGUGAU